AUGGCCAUGCGCCCAGACAAGCCUGGCGUUCAAAUAUUUCGGGUGUAUGAUCCUGAACCCGACAACCCUGUACAUGCAAGGGAUAUUAUGGGGUUUUCAGUCACCGGCGCGUCUCAGAGGCGAUGGAGCCUACCGCCUUGCCUGUCUUGCCCCCCUCGCCUUGCGCUCCCGUUAUGGAACAAAUAUCCAGACAGCACCAACGGCUUAAGCGACCACGACAUAUCGACAUAUCUGAUCGACAGUUCACUAUGGACAGUUUGCCAUGAGUCCAGAUCUAUGAUGAGAAGGGUUUUCGGGGUAAACGACGCGUCCAACCAGCGCCGCUUGGGAUCAGCAACUGCCCAUUACCUUUCCGGUAGUGCCCCGUCAUGGAUCACAAUUUUCCCCAAGAAUGACCUCAUUGUCUUGCAAUUCGAUGACAUGUUCAAAUUCAAUUGGAUCCAUCUACUUGAUCUGUUUCAUACAAAAGCGUGGUCUUUUGGCGGUGUUCUCAACCUAGGCAUUGAGUACGAUGUCGAGUGGGGCAUAUUUCACAGUGAGAGGGAAUUGUUCCAUCUCGCUUCUUGCAGCUUAUUUGUUAACAUAUGGCUAAUCGACCACAACUUGAAACGGCGAGAAGGAACUCCUCCUCAGAAGGACAGCGUCGAAUUGGAAUACGAGAAUCCGGUUCUCCAUGCACCAUUCUAUGCCAACGACAGAAAGUUCCUUAGAGUCAAUCUCGAGCAGGAAGAUGACUGCAUGGACCAUUGGAGGUAUUUAAAGGUACUAUCUGAAGACUACAAGGAUUCUUCCAUCCAUUUUGCGAAUCAACUUCGGGAGGAGGUCUGGCUUCUCAAUCGCGAUAACUUUCUUGCUCCGCCUUGUUCAGUUGGUUUACUUGGAUGGGACGAUAUUUAA